AUGGGCAGACUCAAGCGAACAAACCCCGAGGAAAACAUGCUGCAGGAUGGAGCAGCCGUCCGCCGAUCCCCCAGACGAAAAACGGCAUCGAAAAAGGUUCAGCUGGCGCUGGUUUCCUCGAAAAAUACCCCUAAGAAAAGAGGCCGGCCAAAAAGGGACCAGAACCUCAGUCCUACUCCAGAAGCUCGCAAGUCGUCGACUGACGAUGGCGAAGGGUCGACUUCGCCCGAAAAUGGGUCCGGUGCGGCAGUUGAGGGCCAACUGCAGAAGAAACAACGCGGUCUCAAACCUAAUAAGAAAAAGGCAAUUGCAGCCGCCACAACUGCCAACGAAACUGCUAGCGUGGCUGCAAACGGCCCGGCCAUCACCGAAGAAGAAAUAAUGUCCAUCGACUCGCUGGAAAAACUCGCUCAAAUCAUGACUAGACUCGUCUACACACAACAGGACCAGGCGUUCAGUGAAUACAGAGAUCUCACCCGCGAGCGCAUCGCCCAGCUCGAGAAAGAAAACAAGUACUUUCAGGAGCAGUUGCUCAUGAAGCAGGAUACCAUUGACACACUUGCAAGCCAGAUUCGAGAGCUACAGAGUAGUAGAAUAGGUGCUUCGCGGAUGAUGUCUACACCACAAAGAGCACACCAAGCAGCGUAUGAACUGCCAAUACGGAAAAAUAAGGCCGCGGCCGCAAUGAUCGAUCCGAAAGAUAUGGAGCAGGAGUUGAAAACAAUCUCGUUUACCUUUGACAUGCUCGAACUACUUACAGGAGCACGAGUGAUCAACUACGAGGAAGACAAGGAAAAGUUCUAUUUCGACAUACGGCAGACAGAUACAGGCAAAGAGCCCGGCCUCCCCCACCUCACCAUCGAGUACCGCUUGGUGAUCAAGCGCCAGAACGACCUGACGGCGGAAGUUACCUACAUCCCCCUGUUCCUCAAGGCCAUGAAAACUCCAACGUCAGACCCGGAGCAGAAGGAGAAAAACAAGCACGCCGAACAGGUCCAGGAGCAUUUGCCCGCAUACUUGCGCGACAACCUAAAAUUUCCGUUCAACACGCUUCUGCAAUUCUCAUGCAAGUUGAGUAAGGCACUUAAUAAGAGCGGGAGGUCACGAUGA